AUGGCCAUUUUUCAUGAUAUGGUGGAGGACUUUGUAGAGUUACUUAUGGAUGAUUUCGCGGUCUUUGGGAAGUCUUUUGAGUGUCACUGCUUAGUUCGAGAAGGCAUAGUGUUGGCUCACAAAGUGUCAAAGCAUGGACUAGAAGUGGAUAAAGCCAAGGUGGAAGUGAUUGAAAAAUUAGCCCCUCCUAUUUCUGGAAAAGGGGUGCAAAGUUUCCUGUGGCAUGUAGGUUUUUACCAGAUAUUCAUCAAGGAUUUUUCCAAGAUUGCAAGACCUAUGAGCUGUCUCUUGGAGAAGGAGGAGUUACCAUUUGAACUCAUGUGUGAUGCAAGUGAUGUAGCAGUGGGUGCAGUAUUGGGAAAAAGAAAAGAUAAAGUGUUCCAUUCAAUAUACUACGCGAGUAAGACCCUUGAUUCUGCUCAACCUAACUACAUAGUGACUGAGAAGGAGAUGCUGGCUCUAGUAUUCAUCUUCGACAAGUUCAGAUCGUAUUUGGUUGAGGUGGUAGCUCUUCCCAAGAAUGACUCAAGAGUGGUGAUUAAAUUCAUCAAGAAGCACAUUUUCACACGCUUUGGUACUCCGAGAGCAAUCAUAAGUGAUGGAGGUAAGAAUUUCAUUAACCAUUUAGUGAAGAAUCUUCUUGCUAAGUAUGGUAUCCACUAUAAAGUUGCCACAUCUUACCAUCCUCAAACAAGUGGUCAAGUGGAAGUGUCGAAUAGCAAGGUGAAGCAAAUCUUGCAGAAGACAGUGAAUGCGCACAGAAAAGAUUGGUCUGAGAAACUUGAUGAUGUGUUAUGGCACCAAGCAUAUUGGGCAAUCAAAAAGUUGAAUCUUGACCCAGAGUUGGCUGGUAGGAAGCGAAUGGGUCAAUUGCAUGAACUUGAGAAGUUUAGGCUCCAUGCAUAUGAGAAUGCUGAGCUAUACAAAGAGAAGACCAAAAGAUGGCAUGACAAGCAUAUAGUUCCUCGUACUUUCAUUCCGGGCGAAAAAGUACUACUUUUUAACUCAAGACUUAAGUUAUUCCCCAGAAAACUAUGGUCCAAAUGGAGUGGUACCUUCAAAGUGGUGAGGGCUAUACAACAUGGCGCUAUAGAACUUAAAGGUAAAAAUGCCCUGUCGUUCUUGGUGAAUUGGCAAAGGGUGAAGCACUACUUCGGUGAAGAUACAGAUCGCAAUCAAGAAGCUAUUGAACUAAAUGAUGAAUGA